AUGGCGUCUAGUCGAAUGCUUGACAUGGCCACCAAGGCCCUCGGAAUCCAAACAAAUGACCGAUACACCAAACUAUCCAAAGACCUGGAAGACCGGGCGAGGCAGGACCUCCAGCCCGAAGGCGUUUACGUCGAAGAAGAGCCCACCCUCAGGGAAGUGUUUCGGGAACUGAAGCCUACAAAGGAGGGUGUCGUAAACUACGCUCGUGAACUAUUUCCUUGCACGCAAUGGAUCCCUCGAUAUAACCUACGGUGGCUUACUGGAGAUCUUAUCGCCGGUAUCACCGUUGGCUUCGUCGUGGUCCCCCAGGCCAUGGCCUAUGCCCUACUCGCCCAGCUCAGCCCCGAGUUUGGCUUAUACACCUCCUUCUCCGGUGCCGUUUUGUACUGGUUAUUUGGUACCUCUCGAGAUAUCGUGAUAGGGACUACGGCUGUUGGCUCCUUGUUGGUUGGUAGCAUCGUAACGUCCGUUGAAGACCAAAAGCCCGGAGUGUAUGCCCCCGAAGAUGUUGCCAAGACGGUCUCUCUGGUAUCUGGCGUCAUACUCCUCAUCAUCGGUCUCCUGCGCCUGGGUUGGGUUAUCGAGUUCAUCCCCUACAUCCCCAUCUCCGCCUUUGUCACCUCUGCCAGCAUCACCAUCAUGUUGACUCAGCUUCCUGUAUGCUUGGGCAUCCCCGGCCUCAACACGCGGGAGUCUCCCUACCGCGUGCUGGGAAAUACUCUCAAGGCUCUGCCGAAUGCCAGACUUGACGCCGCCAUUGGCGUGUCGUGCCUCGUGUUGCUCCUUGUCGUGAGGGAAUUCUGUGCCCACAUGGCCCGCCGGCAGCCCCAUAAGCGGCGCCUGUGGGAGGCGGCGUCGUCCCUGAGGCAGGUGGCCGCCAUGCUCAUCUUCACCGUCAUCAGCUUCAUCGUCAACCGCAAUCAUCGUGACCACCCCAAGUUCCGCCUCGUGAACAAGAUUGAAACCAUUCUUCCCGAACUCCCCGCGAUCCUGAUUAUCCUCAUCAUCGAGCACAUUGCCAUUGCCAAGUCGUUUGGCCGCAUGUACAACUACACCGUCGUCGCGUCGCAGGAGAUUGUCGCCCAAGGUGCCGCCAAUCUUCUCGGGCCCUUUGUCGGCGGCUACUCGUGCACCGGCUCCUUUGGCGCGUCGGCCGUUCUUUCCAAGGCCGGCGUCCGCACGCCCGCCUCCGGCCUCUUUAGCGCCGGUCUGCUGAUCCUUGCUCUCUACGUACUUACCGGAGUCUUUUUCUACAUUCCCAUGGCCGCGCUCGCCGCCCUCAUCAUUCACGCCGUGAGCAACCUUGUGGCGUCCCCGGCCACUUUGUAUGGGUACUGGCAGCUGUCUCAGAUCGAGACGUGCAUCUGGGUGAUUGGUGUCGUCUGCGCAUUCUUCGAGUCUCUUGAAGUCUCCAUGUACGUGACCAUCAGCUUGUCCAUCGUGGUCCUUCUCAUCGGGCUCUCCCGAUCGACUGGCAAGUUUGUGGGGCGCGUCAAGGUGUACGACAUUACCCGGACGAGCGCCUCGGAUGAGUCGAAGCACGAUCCUGAUGCCACCCCCACCCCGUCCAUCAUGGAAGAGGAGGACGGCGACGGUGGCCGCUUCAUCUUUGUGCCUCUGGACAAGAGCGGCGGAGUGAACCCCGAAGUGGAGGUUCGAGUGCCGUACCCCGGCGUCAUCAUCUACCGGUUCCCCGAGGGCUUCAACUACACCAACCACGCACACCACAUUGACGUUCUUCGAACAUAUAUCGAAAAGACGACCAGGCGCACCACGGACGAAAAGCUCGAGCACCCUUCUGUAAGACCGCUUAUGGUGCGACGCCCCCGCACAAGUCACCGAAUCCACCACCACCAACCUCCCCCUCUCCGCGCCGUCGUGCUCGACUUCUCCGCCGUUAACCGGCUCGACAUCACCACCAUCCACGGCCUCGUGCACCUCCGCGACGCGCUAGACCGCUACGCCGCGCCCGACGCCGUGGAAUGGCACUUUGCCAACAUGUACAACCGCUGGACGCGCCGCGCCCUCGCCAUCUCCGGAUUCGGCUACCCCGUCGACGCGGACGGAGACAACUCCAUGGAAGGGUACAAGCCGCGCUACACCGUCGGCGAGAUGGCGGGGUGCUCGGAGCUCGGGCGGGAGGAAGGCGCGUGCGUUACCUACUUGAGGCCGCACUGUCCGUCGGCGGCGAUGACGCAGCCUCGUCUGCAUGCUGGAGAUGGGGAUGAUGUGGCAGAGUUGGAAGCGCAGCGCGUGAGGGCGGCGGCGCCUGAUGGCGUGUGCGCGUCCAAGGUCGCGGCCGUGUAUGCUGUGGACCGGCCGCUCUUCCAUGGUGAUUUGGUGGGUGCGGUGGGAGCGGCUGUGCGGAAUGCCAAGGUCAAGGAUGGUCGGCCCUUGGGGCGGCCGAAGAAGUCGGAUAACAGCAUUCGGUCCGGCGAUGGUUCGGCUUAG